UGCGGGGUCUGCCCGGUGCCCGGCGGGAGACGCGGCGGCAGCAUGACGGUGGGCGCCCGGCUCCGCAGCAAGGCGGCCGGCAGGCUCCGGGGCCGCGGCCCGGCCGAGGACGAGGCGGCGAUCCUGGAGCUGGCCGAGUGCGGGGACGAGGCGGCGGGCACGGCGGACGCGGCGGGCCGGGGGGCGCGGGGCGCGCGGGGGCUGCCCCUGGCCGCGCGGCCCGAGCGCUACGAGCCGCUGGACGAGCCGGCGCCCGCGGGCAAGCCCCGCAAGCGCUACCGGCAGAAGCUGAAGAAGUACGGCAAGAACUUCGGGAAGGUCAUCAGCAAAGGUUGCCGCUACGUGGUCCUCGGCCUGCAGGGCUUCGCUGCUGCCUACUCGGCCCCCUUCGGAGUGGCCACCAGCGUGGUGUCCUUCGUCCGCUAGUGGGUGCGGUGGGGGCCGGUGCCACUGCAGGGCUGGGACCUCAGCUCUGGGAGGCACGAAGCCAGAAACAUUCCAUCCCUUGUCCUCGAACCCCCAAUAUUCUUGGAAUAAGCCGAAUGAUGCUUUCUCUGUCGUGGCGGAUACGUGCUGUGGACAGGCUGCCCUGGCCACCUGCUGACCUCUUCGGCCUGGCUCUAGACUCUGUGUUGGUCUGCUGGAACCAGCUGUCCGUGGACUGGGGCUGGGGUAGGUGCCAACCCCAGACACGGGGGAGCCCUGGAGGGGGGUCACCGUGGUGGUGUCAGUGGGGGAGGAGCAGGCCUGGGUCCAGGCGUGAUCUCUAGGCCAGGCUGCUCCUGCCCCAGGCUGUCUGUUGCUCCCACCAGCAGGAGAGUGUGUUCUGGAAUGUUCUGUACUGCCACUCUCUCCAGCCGUUCCCACCAGGAGGCUGCAUACAGGCAGCAGAGGUCAAAGAAGGUGCAUUUCUGAGCGUGCAAGCGGCAGACAUACUACCCAGUGCCGUGGUGAAGGGGUGCAGCCCAGAGCUGGGGAGCCCAGGCUCACCCCAGCUGUGCUUGGACCCAGAGCUGGUCAUCUCCUGUCUCUGCUGGCUGCCUGGGACCAAUGGCUGCGCUAGGGAGAAGAAGCCAGAUCACCUGGCCUGUGGGUGACAGAGGAGGAGAGAGAGAGAGAGAAAGGGAGGAAGAGAGAGAAAUGGAGAGAGGAAGAAAGAGAGAGAGAGAGAUGGAGGUGGUGGAAGGAGAGAGAGAAAGGAGGGAGGGAGAGAGGGACGGAGGGAGGGAGGGAGGGAGAGAAUAUGUGGGAGCGGCCGGCAGCGGGGGAGUAGGAAAGAAAUGCAAGUGCAGGCUGGGAUGUCCUGAGUCAGUUUGGGGGAGUUCGGGGGGCUGGAGAGGAUUGGGGGUCCCACUGCCCAGGUGCUCCCCUUGGGUUUUGAGGGCGUGGUGUGCCCCCUUCCCUGGAUUCAUGGUCAGCGUGGACAGGGACUGUCACCUGGCCAGACCAGGCCUGGACAGCGAAGCAGAGGUGCCAACCCCACCUGCAGGAUCCCCUUGCUGUUGGGAGAAUUAUCUAGAACGCUGGCUGCAGGGCUGGGGCCACACCCUGCUGUCCCCUGAGCCAGGUGCCAGGAGGGAGGCCUCUCAUGCCCGUGCCACCAGUCCAGCCCAGGGAAGCAGAGAAGACAGGAUGGACAGACGGACGGCUGGAAGGAGGAAGAGCGCAGAGCACCUGGCUAAGAACCAGGGCAGAACUGUCCGACGUGGAUAUGUAGCAGGACCACCCAGAGUGGCCCCCAGGCCGGGGCCGAGAGUCAGGUGCACACGGCCCACAUGGACAGUGACACACACAGGUGACCUUCUCCAGCAGCCCUGGCCAUUCCUCCUGCAACCCGCACCUGUUUCUGCGCUGACCCUCCUCUCUCCGCGGGCCGCGGGCGUCGGCGCAGAGCUGAGUGCCGUGGGAGGCGGUCUCUUCCCUGCUUCUGUACCCCGUCUUGAUUUCAGGUGUAAAUUACAAAAGAACAGUUUGUUAAGUGCUUUCA